AUGAGGCUGAGGCAUGUUAGUCGUAUUCGUAUACAGAGAGUUCCAUACUCGAAGCGAAUCCGUAUGUUCACACUCUGCGACGAAUUAGAAAGAUGCGUGGCACAGCUUUGCUGGGAGAAUAUGGAGAAGGAAAACAAAGGGAGAAUACUUGGUGCAACACACCCACACAGUGUUCGUGCGCAGUCCAUAUUGAGAAACAUAGUUCAAGGAAUGCACACUGGUUUAGAGCUUAAACAUGACUGCAGUGUUUCAGGGUAUGGAUCGGAAGGCACUUUACUUGUAUCAAAGGUACACAAGGAGGAGAGCCAAACGAGGCCUAAGACAUCUAUCAUAAAAUUUGGGACUAUGCAUUUGGAAGGAUUGAAUUGGCAAGUGGUGGCGGUGGAUUCUUCUGAAAAAAAUGCUGCGUACCUCUCCAACGGAAAGAUUGUUAUUUCUACAGGGUUGCUUGACAUUCACAAUUCAGAUGCAGAGAUAGCAGCCGUUCUAGGACAUGAGGUUGGGCAUGGUGUGGCAAGCCAUAGAACCGGAUUAUGCACGGCUUGUGGAAUAGUAUGGCAGUUAUCUCGCGGGCUACUCGCAAUGAUAGCAAAAGGAGUAUUUUUGUACCUAUCACGGAGGAGGGAAAUUGAAGCAGAUUACAUUGGAUUAAUGUUAAUGGCUUCAGCUGGGUAUGACCCUCAAGUUGCGCCAAAACAUUGGGAGAGGCUUGGUCAUUCUGGAGAGUAUUUGUCAUCAACUCACCCAUCUGGACCAAAGAGAGCUAGGUUGGUAAACAAAGUGAUGGGAACAGCACUGGAAAUAUACAAGGGAGUGAUGUCCGGACACGGGGUGAAGUGCUUUGUUUGA